AGAACACAUACUGGACAGUAUAUACGGAUACGGGCACACAAACACUGGAACCCAGGGCACAAUGGGGCAAAGAACAAAUAGGCAAUGGUGCAGAGAAUGUUAUCUAGAAUAGCACACGAUGGCCGAUAAACCUAUACUGCUACAUUGCUGUACAUGACGACAAAAUGACAUGCAUUAAUAUUUGAAUACAAAGAACAGAAAAAAACUCUUAUAUCUGUAUGGAGCCAGAUCCAUACAUUCCUAUCCCAACACACAAUUUGCUAUUGGGAGCUUAGUCAGGGGGUGCCUCCCCACGGAGCUCCCAAUGGCGAACACCUCCUCUCUUUUUCCUCCUCUGCCCUUUUGUCAGCUUCAAAUUCCCUUAAAACAGUAUUUCCAGAUCAGUUUGCCUCUAGCUGUUACACAUCUACCAGCAAUAAGACCAUUUAUGGGAAGAGGGUAACCUAUAUUACUGCUCAUCAGAUUUUAAGACAGCAAGACACCUUUCACAUUCAGAGUAGUUUAAGUCAGAACAGGCUCUUUGCAGUCUUAUCUGAGAAAGUCUUUUUGGUGCCUUAAAAUCUAAUCAUCAGUAAUAUGAGCUCCACCUUCACAUUACUGGUCUUAUCCUGAGUAGACAAGAGGGAGGGGGGGGGGGAGCAAGGAUGUGUGAGGUGAUGUCUCACCUACAAGCCAGACCGCUCAGCUGAUAUGAAGAAAUCUGUGCAGUACAACAUUAUGUUAAUAAGUUGCUUUUUGACAUUGGUUAACCUGAUAGACAGUAAGUUGUUUCUUUGACUGGACAACCCCUUAUUUUUUUAACAAAAAUUGUACAUUAAUUUCUAUGUUAAUUUUCACAAUGGCUUGUGAUAUUUGACAUCAGUUAAGGAGUAUUAUGUCAUUAUUGUAUGUGUUUCUUCUUCACUUGAUGAUCCAGAAUAAUUACCAAAACCAUGGCAGAUAAUCCGUAGCUCUUUGCCUUGCCCCACUUUAGCCUGUGUAAAAACAGAUUUGUUGCAAACAGCAUUCCAAUUUUGGACCGCUCCGGUGUGAAACCAGCCUGAAUUCAAGUGUACCCUACAUCCACUGCAGUUUUAGGAAGUUUUCAAUGCAUUAUGGUAGCUAGUAGUUAUCAAACUUAAUACAUGAAGCAGAAUAAUGUGCGUGCAUGCACAUUAUUCUCAUGGAUGCAUGAUCAUCAUUUAGUGUGGAUGAACAUAAUGGAAUUAUCUUCCGGAUAUAUAACCUUCUGUGCUUUUCUACAGUAGAGUUCCCUUUCCAUGGCGCUGAUAAAUAGGUGAUUUCACAGUCGCUCUUUUUGAAAGUCUUUGGCACGAUCUGUGCUUUACAUAAGGACCAAUAACUUAUUGCUAUGAUGUUUAUACUUCAGCUUCGGUUUGUUCUAGGGUUAUCUCACGUGCAACAGAUUUGCUACAGAAAUGUCUAUGACUCUUCUACAUAUCUGAAAAUUCCCCAUUCAGAUGAAUAGUACAGAUUUUCAGAUGCAGAAUUGGUUGUUGCCAUAUCGGUGCAAGCAAUAACCACUUCCCUUCCUUUUCUCUAUAUUAGAGACAGGAAUGGUUUGUUUUUCUGCCAAAAUUGCAGCCAAAAUUGCAGCCUCCUGCAGUAAAGGAAGAGUGCUGCCUGAGACAAAGUUCUUCUUUUAGGAAUCGGGCACCCUGCCUUUAGGACAGCUUUGUGACAUUGUACCAUUGCAUACAGUGUGAUUUUCACAAUCCCAAUAGUUUUUUGGCUGUUUUUAAAGUCUAAUAAAUUCUGUAUAUUCAGAAAUCUCAGUCCAUAUAGCAGCUAGUCUCGGUGCUGCCUUCAUGUAGAAUCUCAUUUCAGUCAUGGAGAGUCUUUGGAUGACAUCACUUGGGUUAGAUUUUAUUAGGGCCCUCGGUACUAAACCUUGCAGGGUCUAUCUUAGCAUAAUGGAGCAUUUGUCUUCCUUCCUGGAAACCUGAUUAUAUGGAUCUGUACGCUUAAUCAGAUACAUUGCUUGCCAGAGAGUGCCUUGUGGUAUAUGUAUAGUGACAAGUGACAAGGAAAUGCAAUGUGUAGAGCUGUAAUUUUAUUUAAUCCCCUUUCGAAGGAAAAAUCUGAUCCAAAGAAGUUGCCGCUUUAUUCUACUCUUGGUUUGGAAGAGGUUAAAAUUCCUUCAGCUUGGCUGUGCCGGUGGCAUGGACAGGCUGCUUCUUCCUGUCAGUGGGCCACCUGUCGCAGAAACAACCCCCCCACCCUCCUCCUUUCGUGCUAUCGCUCCCUUCUGAUCGCAGCAGGGCCUUGCUAGCACGCACAGCCAUGCCAGGAUGUGUGCUCUCUACCUUGAGGUGCAAUCCCUUAGCUGCAUCGCUGUGCCGUCAGUAAUUUAACAUUUCUGUCCGACAUUCGCCGAGCGUACAUCAUCGACUUUUUCUUUUUUUCUUUUUUUCUAUUUUCCUUUUCAUUUUGUAUAUUCCAAUUUGUUCCCAGAAUCCAUGUCACCGCUCCUUAUAUGGCGAUGAUUUUUUCCUCUUUGCGUUUCCAUGACAACAGGAGCACUGCACCAUUCAUUAGCUUAGGACCGAACUGCAUCCCUACGCCGCCUUUUUCAUCUCUCUCUCCGUGCUGUUCUGCACCAUCCCACAUCCCACUCCCCUCCUGUGUGCUGCCCUAGGAGGAGGGGAGUAAAAGGAGGACUAGUGGGGGACAGUAAUACAAAUUUUGAUGUCCUCCGCAGCCUCGCUGGAAGAAGAAGUGCUAGCUGUGAUAUCACGGAGGAGAAGAGAACAGAUAAAGAGAGGGAGGGCUGUGUCUAUAGAUUGCCUGCUCUGCUGAAGACAGUAUUGACUCUUGGGAGCCCCACUGAGAAAAGCAAAGUUUGUGGAGAGCCCCAGAAUUCCUGAAUCCGAAUUGGGAUCCCCAACCCUUGGCUCGUCCCAGAAACUGGACGCCGAUGCAUACUUGUUGGGGGAAGAGGAGUCUGUCUUGGGCCCUCCUCCAUCUGUUGAUGAGGCUGCCAACACCCUCAUGACCCGCCUGGGCUUCCUCCUGGGUGAAAAAGUCAGCGACGUCCAAGCUGCAGGUCCCCAGUACAGCAUGGAGGGGCAAGAAGAAAACCAGGGUUCUGCAGUAACCCAGCGGAUUAGUCCAUGUUCCACCUUAACCAGCAGUACAGCCUCUCCACCUGCCAGCAGUCCAUGCUCCACCCUCCCUCCCCCCAACAACACCGUCCCCACCAAGGACUGCAGCCCCACUUCCACCCUGGAGAGCAGGGACAGUGGCAUAAUUGCCACCCUGACCAGCUACUCGGAGAAUGUGGACCGUUCCAAGUAUGGUGCAGACUGCAACAAGGAUCUUGGCUCUCGAGGGUGUGUUAAGCAAGGCCAGAAGUCAAUGGAUUCCAGUCUGUACCGGGUAGAUGAGAAUCUAAUGGCCUCCACUUUCAGCCUAAAUAAAAUCCCCGAGAGGGGACUGGACACUGGACUCUCCCAAUCUGUGCAGUCCAUCCCACUCUACCUCAUGCCCCGUCCCAACUCAGUCGCAGCUACUAGUUCUGCACACCUGGAGGACCUUGCAUACCUGGAUGAGCAGAGACAUACACCCCUUCGGACCUCCUUACGAAUGCCACGACAGACCCUUGCGGGACCACGCACUCCACAAGAUCUCCGAGUCCGCUUUGCUCCCUAUCGGCCACCAGACAUUUCCUUAAAACCGCUGCUGUUCGAGGUGCCGAGUAUCACAACGGAUGCCACAUUUGUUGGCCGAGAUUGGCUCUUCCAUGAGAUUGAUGCUCAACUUCAGAGUGAGGAUGAGAGCGUGAACCGGGGUGUAGUGAUAUGUGGCAAUAUCGGAUUUGGGAAAACUGCUAUCAUCUCUCGGCUGGUAUCUCUCAGUUGUCAUGGGACACGCUUGAGGCAGCUCACGUCCGACAGCCCCCAUGCAUCACCAAAGCAUUCAGAGGCUAAUCGUGAAUUGGCACAGACAGGACAGACUCAUUCUGGUAUCUCUAGUGGAAGCUGCCCAGGAACUCCUGAAAUGCGGCGAAGACAAGAAGAAGCAAUGCGGAGGAUAGCAGCACAGGUGGUAGCGUAUCACUACUGCCAGGCUGACAAUGCCUACACCUGCUUAGUGCCUGAAUUUGUUCACAAUGUAGCCGCUUUGCUUUGCCGUGCCCCCCAGCUAGUAGCGUAUCGGGAGCAGCUACUACGUGAACCACAUCUACAGAGUCUGCUAAGUCUAAGAUCCUGUGUGCAAGACCCAGCAGCAUCUUUUCGUAGGGGGGUUCUUGAGCCACUUGAAAAUCUAUACAAAGAGAGAAAGAUUCCAGAUGAAGAUUACAUUAUCCUAAUAGAUGGGCUAAAUGAAGCAGAGUUCCACAAGCCGGACUAUGGAGAUACCAUUGUGUCCUUUCUAAGUAAGAUGAUAGGCAAAUUUCCCCGUUGGUUAAAGCUCAUUGUAACUGUGAGGACCACCCUACAGGAAAUCACCAAACUUCUUCCCUUCCACCGGAUUUUCUUGGAUCGACUGGAAGAAAACGAGGCCAUAGAUCAGGAUCUUCAGGCUUACAUCUUGCAACGCAUACACAGCAGCUCUGAAAUCCAGAACAAUAUCUCACUGAAUGGCAAAAUGGACAACACCACAUUUGGAAAACUUAGUUCCCACCUCAAGACUUUAAGCCAAGGUUCCUACCUAUACCUGAAGCUUACAUUUGACCUCAUAGAAAAGGGCUACUUGGUGCUGAAGAGUUCCAGUUACAAAGUGGUUCCCGUGUCACUGUCUGAGGUGUAUCUCUUGCAGUGUAACAUGAGGUUCCCCACACAAUCCUCCUUUGAGAGGGCCCUUCCUCUUCUUAAUGUCGCUGUGGCCUCUCUCCACCCAUUGACGGAUGAGCACAUCUUCCAGGCCAUCAAUGCAGGUAGUGUGGACGGAGGUCUUGAGUGGGAGGACUUUCAACAGCGAAUGGAGAACCUUUCCAUGUUCUUGAUUAAGAGGAGGGAUCUGACUCGAAUGUUCGUUCAUCCAUCCUUUAGAGAAUGGUUAAUAUGGAGAGAAGAUGGAGAGAAAACCAAAUUUCUUUGCGAUCCCAGGAGCGGACAUAUCCUGCUGGCCUUCUGGUUCUCUCGUCAGGAGGGGAAGCUGAACAGGCAACAGACCAUAGAGCUCGGCCAUCACAUUCUGAAAGCACAUAUCUUCAAGGGCCUUAGUAAAAAGGUUGGUGUGUCCUCGUCUAUUUUGCAAGCACUGUGGAUAUCGUACAGCACAGACGGCCUUUCCAUGGCACUAGCAUCUCUAAGAAACCUCUACACUCCUAAUAUAAAAGUGAGCCGCCUUCUGAUCAUGGGGGGAGCCAAUGUCAACUAUCGCACUGAAGUGCUAAACAACGCCCCCAUCUUGUGUGUACAGGCCCACCUGGGAUACACGGAGAUGGUGGCACUGCUGCUAGAGUUCUCAGUCAAUGUGGAUGCCAGUUCAGAGAGUGGCAUGACCCCUCUAGCCUAUGCUGCAGCCUCAGGUCAUCUGACAAUUGUCAUGUUACUGUGUAAGAGGAGGGCUAAGGUGGAUCUGCUGGAUAAAAACGGACAAUGUGCGCUAGUCCAUGCUGCUCUGCGGGGCCACCUGGAGGUGGUUAAAUAUCUGAUCCAGUGUGACUGGACAAUGGCUGGACAACAACCUGGAGUCCUGAAGAAAAGUCAAGCCAUACAGCAAGCGCUGAUUGCCGCUGCCAGCAUGGGAUACUCAGAGAUUGUCUCCUAUCUUCUGGAUCUACCAGAAAAAGAUGAGGAGGAGGAACAGAGGGCACAGAUUAAUAGCUUUGAUGGGCUGUGGGGAGAGACAGCUUUAACAGCAGCUGCAGGUCGUGGAAAGCUUGAUGUUUGCCGCCUACUUCUUGAACAAGGAGCAGCUGUAUCACAACCCAACCGGAGAGGUGUUGUUCCAAUAUUCAGCGCUGUACGACAAGGACACUGGCAGAUUGUGGACUUGCUUCUUACACACGGUGCUGAUGUGAACAUGGCAGACAAGCAGGGCCGUACUCCAUUAAUGACUGCAGCAUCAGAGGGGCAUGUAGCCACUGUGGAGUUUCUGCUUGCACAAGGAGCUUCCAUUGGGCUCAUGGACAAGGAGGGACUGACCGCUCUCAGCUGGGCCUGCCUCAAAGGGCAUCUAGCUGUGGUGAGGUUAUUAGUAGAAAAUGGAGCUGCCACUGACCAUGCCGACAAAAAUGGACGCACACCGCUGGAUCUUGCAGCUUUUUAUGGAGAUGCUGAUGUGGUGCAAUUCCUGGUGGACCAUGGUGCGAUGAUUGAACAUGUGGAUUAUAGUGGGAUGCGCCCCCUGGACAGAGCGGUGGGCUGCAGGAAUACUUCUGUGGUGGUAGCUCUCCUGAAGAAAGGGGCCAAAAUAGGCUGUCAGACCUUACCAAGCCGCCCAAAAGGUCCAGCCACCUGGGCCAUGGCAACGUCCAAACCAGACAUCAUGGUCAUUCUGCUGAGUAAAUUGAUGGAAGAGGGAGACAUGUUUUACAAGAAAGGGAAAGUAAAAGAAGCUGCACAGAGAUACCAGUAUGCCAUGAAGAAGUUUCCUCGAGAGGGCUUUGGAGAAGAUCUAAAGACUUUUCGAGAACUGAAGGUGUCCCUAUUACUCAACCUGUCCCGAUGUCGACGGAAGAUGAACGACUUUGGAAUGGCAGAGGAAUUUGCCACUAAGGCUCUGGAGUUGAAACCAAAGUCAUAUGAGGCUUUCUAUGCUCGAGCCAGAGCCAAACGGAGUAGCAGACAAUUUACAGAAGCUUUGGAAGAUCUGAACGAAGCAAUCCAGCUCUGCCCUAACAAUCGAGAAAUCCAGCGGCUUCUUAUGAGAGUGGAAGAGGAAUGCAGACAAGUCCAGCAAGAGGAGGAAGCGCAGGAGCUUCAAGAUGAACCUGAGCCAGAAGUACAAAAUGAGGACAUUGAUUCUACACAGGAAGACAUCUAUGAAGAAGAGUAUUUGGAACAAGACUUAGACAAUGUUCCUGUAGGAUUACAGAGUGAAGGAAGACAAUGUCAGGGCCUUUCAGGCAUGCAAAGUCCUCCACAAUCUCCUGCACAUCGGGAUUCUGCUUAUAUGUCAGGCUCACACCAAGUAUUUGACUUUAGAUCAAGCAGCUCUGUUGGCUCUCCUACACGGCAAGGCUAUCAAUCCACUUCUCCAUCCCUCUCUCCAACACAUCAGAACUCUCACUAUCGCCCUAGUCCCCCUCAAACAUCCCCUGCUCAUCAGAGUUCUUCCUACCGCUUUAGUCCACCUCCUGUAGGAGGCCAGGUAAUGGACUACCCUAGUCCACCCCCUUCACCAUUACGAAGGGCUCCUCAAUAUAGAGCUAGCCCUCCUAGUGAAAGUAUUGGUAUGUAUAGACAACAAUCUGGUUCCCCAGUUAGGUAUCAGCAAGAGCCAUGUGUAAGUCAACAUCCUGGAAGACCAAAAUCUCCACUCUCCAAAAUAUCUCAGAGGUCUUUCCAAAUGUCACAGCUUCCCACUGCAGUUCCACAACCUGCACACAGAUUACAGCCAGCUAAGGCACAAAUUGUACGUAGCAACCAACCCAGUUCUGCAGUGCAUUCUAGUGCCGUAAUUCCUGGGGGUACAUAUGGACAGGUGGCACAUGGUAUGGCAAGUAAAUACCAGACAUCCUCUGGAGAGAUGAGUCAAAGCCGAUUAGUAUAUCAAGCUUCCCUUGGUGGUCUUAUAGCUGAUGGACGUCCAAUGCAGCAUGUACAGGCCAGUUUGAGUGCCGGAGCCAUUUGCCAGCAUGGUGGCAUUGCCAAGGAGGAUAUACCCCAGCGGCCAACUUCAGCUUAUCGAGGUGGCAUGAGAUAUAACCAGACUCCUCAAAUUGGGCGUAGUCAGUCUGCAUCCUAUUAUCCAGUAUGUCACACCAAGCUGGAUCUUGAGCGCCAACCCAGCCAACUUGGUUCACCAGAUGUUUCCCAUCUUAUAAGAAGGCCUGUGAGUAUUAAUCCUGUGGAAAUCAAGCCUCACCCACCUACUCCAAGGCCACUGUUACACUCACAAAGUGUAGGACUUCGUUUUUCUCCAUCUAGCAACAGUAUUUCGUCCUCUUCCAGCCUCUCUGCCACUUUUCGACCAUCUGCCUCUAUACAACAAAUGGAGAUCCCACUUAAGCCAGCUUAUGAGCGACUCUGCGAUGAGCUGUCUCCUGUGUCCCCGCCCCAAGGAAGUUACCCCAGUGAACCAACACGCUCUAGGACGACCCCAUUCAUGGGUAUAAUUGACAAGACAGCACGGACUCAACAGUAUCCCCAUCAUCAUCAGCAGAGUCGGACAUGGGCUGUCUCCUCUGUUGACACUGUUCUCAGUCCCACAUCUCCUGGCAUCUUGCCCCAACAAGAAUCCUUCAGCCCCCCUUCCUCUAUCAGCAACAUCGCCUUUUAUAACAAAACAAACAAUGCACAGAAUGGGCAUCUGCUUGAAGACGACUACUAUGGUCCACAUGGUGUGCUGGCUAAUGGCUCUCGAGGGGACAUACUGGAGAGAGUCACACAGGCCUCCUCCUAUCCUGAUGUCAAGGUGGCCAGAACACUGCCAGUUGCACAGGCUUACCAGGACAACCUGUACAGGCAGCUGUCUCGGGACUCUCGGCAGGGCCAAACUUCGCCCAUCAAACCAAAGAGACCCUUUGUGGAGUCUAAUGUGUAGGACUUUAUAUUUUCCCAUCCCUUUUCCCAUACAACUCUUUUCCUUCACUGUAUGUAUACCUCCCUCAAAAACCCAGUAAUUGAGCUACUCUUCUUAAGGUAUCAGACUUUUCUCCCGAUCCCCAUCCUUUAGUGUUCUUUUCCGACCCAUCUUAUUGGGUAGAGCUGGUCUUUUAGUACAUUAGGUUGUGCUAUGUUUAGCAUUGAACAGUUUGGAUCCCCAGACUAUGUUUAUGGACACUUUGCUUUCUCAACUGCCCAAUUUACUUGGGAUUUUAUAUUUUAAUUUUAAUUGAGUAAUUGCACUUAGGUCACUAGGAUAUUCCCACAGCCCUGGGCCCUAUAAUCCUAGUUGGAGCGAGACCAUGUUUUUAUUUUUUCCCCUCCAUGUGAUAACACUUCAGCAGAUAAUGUGCUUGAGGCUUGCUUAUUACCCUGCAUGUGGGAACAGGGAAACACAAAUCUAAGGCCACUUGCAGCACAAUAAGGAUCUGGUAAACAAAGGGCUCUACACAUAACCGCAUUGCAACAUUAAACAUACAUGUAAUUGCUCCCAAACAGACUUUUUACUGUAUGUGUACAUGUAGUGUGAUUUUUAAAUUUUUUAAAUACUUUUUUUACUGGGUCUUGCUUCACAAACCAUAGUCUUUAAAUCUGUAGAUAAGCUAAGCUAAGUAUAUCUGAUGAUGUAGCAAAUCAUGCGAAUAAGUCAUUAUAUAGCUUAUCCUGCUAUAUUAAUUCUGUCAGCUGACCGUACAAUUGAGAUAGUCAGUGACCAACAGCUAUUUGUCCUGACCGCCCGACCACCUGCCCCCCCCAUACACUUGCACUUUCUUGUGCUGUUUUCUGAAUAGGGAGGGGGGAGUAAGCAACUGCCAGACACCCCUGGCAGCAGCUUAUGUAUCUAAAGAUCAGAAGGCACAGGCAUGUUAAAUUCCAACUGCUCGAUCCUUUACUCCUUGGCAUCUGUGUCAAGGAAGAGUCACCUGGUCUGUAGUGCGUAUAGGGUAGAGUAUAGGGUAGAGCCUACUAUUUGUUAUAGCGGACACUCACUGUCAGUGGCCAGAAUCAGAGAUAACUCUAAUCCCUUCUAUUAACUUCCUAGAUGCCACAGUGAGUAGCGAACAUGGUAUCUUCUUGGUUACAAAGUGGGUGGCAGCCUCCUGGCUUGCAGUUGCAGGGAUUUUAGUGGUAAAAUGGCAGCUGGGAGCCUACUGAAGGCUUCUAAGCCUGCCAUCUUAGUACUUCUGACACUGACUAUCUUUCGUAGCAUGUGAGAAUUGCUGUUUUUUUUGUCUACCUUUCAGAAAACAUGGAUUAAAAAAAACACAUUCACAUUUAUCUGAAAAUGGCACUAAGUGCACAGAAAAUAAUUAUUAAGACUUCAGGCACAAAAAUAGAGUUAUAGGGGUCAGAAGAUGGCAAUGUAAAGUGAUUUGUCAGUAAAGCUGUCUGACUGUAGAGCCGAGGAUUGCAUGUAACUCAGAUUCAACCUAUUGACCCUCUAAAAUCACAGGGUUGAUCUAGGCUGUUGUAACCCUUUGUCACCCAUUUUCUCCCCCACAAAGCAAUCGCAGGGGGCCAUUGGUUUGUCGUCAAUGCUAGUGAUUGCAUUCACAUUUACCAUGAUUGUGCUGUUAUUACAUACUGUCAGAAGUAGGAUGUAGUAGUAGUUAAUUGGCAAAAUAAAAUUAUGCUGCAAUACAUUAGUAUGUGUUGGGGGGGGGGGGGUGUUCAAAUACUUAUAAAAAAUUUGAAACACCCCUUCUCCGAUAAAAAGUCUGAAGUAUUAAAAUACAGCAUUCAUUUUGCAUGGGGGAAACACCGUAAGCAAAAACAAAUAUGCAAUUCCAGAAUAGCUCCUUGAAUCCCAAAGAAGGGCUACAACUCACCUGCACAUCUGUAGAUCAGAGGUCCCCAGCCUUACCCUUAAGGCUCACUUACAGUCAAGGAUUUUUAUUUUUUCCCUGUUCUAUUCCAAUAGAGUAAUGGAAAAAACCUGGAAUGUUGGUGGGCCUUAAGGACUAGGUUGGAGAGCACUACUGUAGAUGAAACGAAUUAAGUUAUAGAGGUCAGAAAAGGGUAAUAUGCGACACAAGUUAAGAAAUGUUAUAUACAUACACCUAGUUUAUUAGAUAGAGGUUUGUGAAGCAGGAUCCUGAAAUUUAGCAGCAGCCUGGUGUCUGAGGAUAGGUGAACAUGACCUAGACAGACAAAUGUAGUGGAUUGUUUCAGUGUAGAAUUCCACCCCAACCAGAUGCAUAUACAAAUGAAUGAAAGCACCAUAUGCAGCCAUCUUCACGAAGCAGACACAACAACUAUCCUACCAUGGUUUUCUGCUUGCAAACACCACUGUUCUCAGGUGUCUAGUUACCUUCCCACAGACAGCAGCAGGUUCUCCUAACCGUUCUUGGUUGCCUGUAAUGAGAGGCUUAACAAGAAGGGCUUAAGUGUUCUGAGGUAUAUUUACUGCAGGGCCACGUCUCCAUGACACUUUUUACCAGAAGGAAGAUCUAAUACCUAAACCACUUCAGUUUCAAGGCUUUAUGGGUCUAAUUUCCAUGCUCCAUGAACAAAUUAGCGGGAGGAAAGACAAAAUGUGUUUAAUUGUAAUAGGAAAUAACUUGUCAAGUAAUUGUAUGGUUGCAAGGGAAUGCGCCAAAACAUGAUUAUAAGGAUUCCUAAUUUAGCUCCCUGACAUUUGUUACUUAUUUUUUGUUACUCACACAGAUAUUGGCAUUUUUCAUCACUGUUGCAGUGGAUAUUUUUGCAAGAUUGAAAACAGCUACUUGUCUUAAGAACCACAGUCCAUAUGCCUGGUUAAAGAAAGGUGUGCCAUAGAAAGGGUCCCAAGUAAGGACUCCACUGUGAACCAGAAUAGGAAGUGAAUGUGAGGGACUCAGGCUAUCCCUGUGCACUUGAGUGGUCAGCCAUAUGAAUGGGUUUUGCAGAAUGCUACCCCUGCCCUGUAGCAGAGGAAAAGUUUUGCUGCCAAUGGCUUUUCUCAGCUAUAUCUGCUUUUUGUGGGCAGCUUCUAGCUAUUGUGGGAAUUAUUAUUAUUAUGUCACUGGGGAACAUUUAUCAUUAGGCGUCUAUUGUAGACACAAAUCUACCCCUUUACACUGCUUGUCUAAUUUACACUCUUGCUCAAAAUUUACAAAAGUUGUGCACAUCCUUUUGAUAAAUUUUGCGCAAAUAUAGAAACGUCCCUUGGCUCUACCUCACACUUCACAGAGCUGAGGCAUUUCCCCGCUGUACACUGCUCACAUUGCUAGAAGUGCCGGGGCAGCAGUGUGUGCCGAACAAAACUGCACAAUUAGUAAAAUCAUAAAUCUUUAUAAAGUACUCAGAAUGUCUGGGUUUAAAAAAUAUGUAAUUUUGCUGAACAAUCUGUCCCUUUACCUUUAUAUCAGUGUUUAUCAGAAUGCCACCAAGUGUUGGAGUGUUGCAAAACUUGGCAUGCUGGGAGUUGCAGUUUUGCAAAAGCUGGAGGCACCCUGGUUGGUAAACACUGUGUACAUGUACCAGAGCAGCUGAGUGUGUGAUCAUGUCUAUGUACUAGAAAUUAGUGUGCAACAUGUGUAUGGAGCAGAGAUGAAUGUGUGAUUGUGUAAGCAUUACCACGCACACACUCAACUCUGCUACAUACACCUGAUCACACACUCAGCUCUGCUGCAUACACACAAUCACACUCAGCUCUGCUGCAUACACGUGAUCACACACUCAGCUCUGCUGUUCACACACUCAGCUCUGCUGCAUACAGCCGUACCUCCUUCUCCCUCCCUGCACAUACAGUGGAAUUCUUAGGGCUUGUUCACACGGCCUUCUGCAUCCAUUAAUAAAUGACCGUUCUGCAAUCCGUUUGAUAAUUUUUGAACGGGUUGCAAACAGCUGUAAAAUAAUCCCAUUGAUGUCAAUGGGAUUUUUUUACAAUCCUUUAUCACCCGUUCGCACACGUUUGCUUCCUGUUUCGUUUUUUUUUUUUUUUUUUUUAUGGGAGAAAGGACGGUGCAUGCAGUAUUUUCUCUCCCGUCAAAAAUAAUGGAAUAGAAAUGGAUAUUAUUAAUGUAACAUGUCUAUGGCAAACGGAUGAACCUUUAAUGUCAUCAGUUUGCCCCCGGUUUAUAAUAUCCGUUUCUGAACUGUUAUUACUUCUGAGCAUGCUCAGAAGAGGUGAUAUCAGCAGACUCUUGUAGUGCUGAGGGACUACUACUACUCCCAUCAUGGAACAGACUCAUUUCCAUGAAGGGAGUAGUAAUUCCCCCAGCUGCCAGCGGCCAGAGUCUGUUCCAUGUUGGGGGUAGUAGUACAGGGCAAGGGAUUGAUUGCACCAGGUCUCACUUCUGGGACCCAAUGCAAUCAGCAGUUAUACUGCAGGGGAGCAGACGGCAUACUGUGCUCCCCUGCAAUGUACAUACUACUGUGUAAACUUUCAUUUUGAAAUCUCCCGCCGGGAGCCCUGAAUGGCCGACACAGAGGAGCCAUUCAGGGCUCCCGGCGGGAUUUUUUACUUUGACCCCCAAAUGUAUGCCCCCCCCCCAUGCAUAUUUAUAAAAAUUCAUUGGCCCCAGUGUGUUUAUAAUAAUAUUCUAUUAUUCUCUGCUGCUCAUCUCUGUACCUGACUGAGAUGAGCAUCAGAGAGGCGGUGCGCUGAUUGCACUAGGAGCAGGACAGCAGCGGGGACAUGUGGAGCGGCGGCAGCGGUGAAUGAAUGAAGCCUACAUGCGGGACAUGUCUGCUUCAUUCAUUCAUUGCCGCCCGUUCCCGACAUGUCCCGCUGCUGCCCUGCUCCAAGAAGAUGAGGAGCAGACAGUGGGAGGAGAAAUAAGGGCACUGGGGGGAAUAAGGAUAAGCACGCUGGGGCCAAUGAAUUAUUAUAAACACACUGGGGCCAAUUAAUUAUUAUAAACACACUGGAGCCAAUGAAUUAUUAUAAAUAUGCAUGGGGGAGCAUACAUUUGGAGGUUAAUUUAGUAGUAGUCUGGCUGCAGGAGUCUGCAGGUGGCUGGUACGUGUGCUCCUUGAUGUUCUAUAUUUACUUAAAAAAUGUCAGCAUUGCGCAAAGUUUGACAGCGUAAACAAACCGUGCGCAGGUAAUAAAUUAGUGUCCACUGCAUUUUUCGCUCCACGGUGCACGAACAAUAGACAACAUCUGAAAAUGUUCCACCAAAAAAAAAAAAGACACCUAAAAAGACACAAUGAGUGACACUGCUCAUUGAUAAAUGUCCCGCCCACCCCUGUACCUAAAGAGUUUAGUCAAUUUUAAAAAUUUUUUACCAUUUAUGUAUACAUGGUAAUAAGAAACUUUGUAAUAGAUCCUAUUACAUCAGAAUGCCUUAUGACUUCACUUGAAGAUCAAGUUACAGCUGCUAGAAGUUAAUGAAAAGUGUUAGGGAAGAGGGAACAGAUACAGAGAGAUGCUGCUUCUAGUGUAAUAUAUAACCGAGGCUGAAUUAACAGCAACACUGCUCUAUAUUGUCCUCCAUGCUGAUAAUUCUCAAAGCACUGUAUUUUUCGCCCUAUAGGACGCACUGGCGUAUAAGACGCACCCUAUUUUUAGGUGCAAAAUCAAAAAAAUUAAAGAUUUUGAACCCAAUAGUGGUCUUCAACCUGCGGACGGCUGUCCGGGCAUGCUGGGAGUUGUAGUUUUGCAACAUCUGGAGGUCCACAGAUUCAAGACCACUGCAUAGGAGGUAAUACUCACGUGUCCCCGCCUCUCCGGACCCGUCACCGCUGCCCUGGAUGUCGCUCCAUCGCUGUCGCCGUGUCCCCAUCGCUCCGGAACGCCUCUGCUGCCGGCCGGGUAUCCUCGCUCUCUGUCGCCGCCAUCACGUCGUUACACACACUGAUGCACGUACGUGAUGACGAGGAAGGAGAGCGCCGGCCAUACAGGGGAUCCCUGAACGGAGAAAACACCGAGGAGGCAGGUAAGGUCCCUCCCGGUGUCCUGUAAGCACUAACCAGGCUAUUCAGUCGGGCUGUUCGGGGCCGCCGCGGUGAAAUCGCGGCGGUCCCGAACAGCCCGACUGAACAGCCGGGUUAGUGUCACUUUCCCUUCAGACGCGGCGGUCAGCUUUGAUCGCCGCGUCUGAAGGGUUAAUACAGGGCAUCACCGCGAUCGGUGAUGUCCUGUAUUAGCCGCGGGUCCCGGCCGUUGAUGGCCGCAGGGACCGCCGCGAUAGGGGUGUAUU